UCGCCAGCCCGCGCCCAACGCUCGACUCGAGGGACGCCCGCGGUCGGAUGCCCUGCGUCCGCACCCUCCUCGGCCUCCUGGCUGCCCUGGCGGCCUGUGGCGCUGUCGCCUUCCUCGGCUACUGUGUUUACUUAGACCAGAAGCGGCGCGGGGACCCCGCGUUCAAGCGCCGCCUGAGGGACAAAAGAAGAGCCGAGCAGCAAAGGGCUGAGGCGCGGGCCGCGCAGUUGUGUGAUCCAGAAAAGAAUGAAAAAUGGCAACAACUUCUUUUGCAAGAGGUACAGAUGGGAGAACUUUGGUUAUCUAGAGGAGAACACAGAAUGGGCGUUGAACAUCUCAGCAAUGCCCUUUUAGUGUGUGGGCAACCACAGGAACUUCUGAAGGUUUACAAACACACACUCCCUCCCAAGGUAUUUGAGAUGCUGUUGCAAAAAAUUCCCCUUAUUUGCCAGCAAUUUGAGGCAGACAUGAAUGAAAAGGAAUACUUGGAGGACGAUCCUGAUUGAAAAACAUUUCAACGUGUCCACAGUCCAGUCAGAAUACUAUGGUACUAUAUAGUAUAAACAACUGCUCAGUGAUAUUUCCAUUUAUUUUACUUUUAGUAAUAAAAAUUUUUUUCUAUCUCAUA